UGAUCUGAAUUGAUAUGGGAACCACUUGAAACUGUGCAGUAAUUUUUAAAAUGUUGUUUUGAUAACACGUUUUGCACUGAUCAGGAAAAUUAAGAGUGUGUGUGUAUGUGAAGUUGAAGUUUAUUGACUAUAUAUUCUUCGUAUAACGCGGGGAGAGAAACUAGUGAAAAAAUGUAUAUGAAUAAGAGAAAACAGUUUUUGUCGGUGGCAUGUGUGUACAUGGGUCAAAUGAUAGUGGGAUACUCCAUGGGAUGGACUGCCCCCGUGAUACCGAAACUGCAGAACCCUGAGGAAACACCUUUAGAAGAAGUACUGACGGAUCCAGAAGCUGCACUGGUCGGGUCUAUAUUUUUUGUUGGCACAACUAUUGGUCCAUACAUUUCGGGAUACGUCUCCAACGUCUUGGGUCGAAAGAUUUGUCUUUUUUCGGCCGGUUUGAUGACGCUCAUUAGCUUGCUGAUGUUGGCUCUGGCGAAGACUGUUGCUGUUAUAUACGUGGGACGAGUCUUCGGUGGAAUGGGGACCAGUGUCAUCUUCAUCAUGAGCUUGGUCUAUGUUGGUGAAGUGGCAUCAACAAACAUUCGCGGCAUUUUACUGACACUUGUGGGAUUAUCCGGGUCAAUUGGAACUCUGCUGGUAUAUUCCUAUGGUCCCUUUGUCUCUUACGCAGCAACAUCUUGGCUUCCUUUCUCCGUGAUUGCCGUUUAUAUGGCUCUUCUUUAUUUUAUACCUGAAUCUCCUGUAUUUCAAGUUAUGAUUGGUAAAAGAGACGAAGCCGUAGCCAACCUUAAAGCCCUCGGUAGAGAUGACGACAUCAACGCUAUCUUAGCCUUAAGCAGUGAGAAAGAAAAGAAAAACAACCUCUCACUCUUCACCGACAUGUACCGCAUUAAAUCGAACAGGAAAGCCCUCUUCAUCCUAAUAACCUUGAACAUUCUCCAGCAAAUGAGCGGGUAUUUCUCCAUGAUAUUCUUUGCAACAACCAUCUUUGAUUUGUCUGGAUCCAGUAUGGAGUCACAUAUCGCCACUAUAAUUCUUGGUGUGACUCAACUGGUGUCAUCGUCAGCUGCUCCAUUCUUUAUUGAGAAUGUUGGAAGGAGACCUCUUCUGCUUAUGUCUACUGCUGUCAGUACUGUGAGCUUGACUACUCUAGGGACUUACUUCUACCUGUACGAGACUUCUCAUCCUGUAGCAGACAAGCUCACCUGGCUGUCAUUAACAUCAUUGAUUGUAUACUCCUUAGUGUAUUCAAUUGUGAACCUCGGAAUAGGCUUCCUGAUAGACAAAAUAGGCCGAAAAUCCUGUAUAAUCCUGAGUUUUCUCCCGCACUUCGUCACAAUAUUUCUCGGCAUAUUUGCUUCGGAAGUAUGGUUUUUAUUCGCAGCGAGAGCAUUUGAUGGUAUUGGGAACUGUUUGAUAAUCACCACCGUACCUACCUAUGUCUCAGAAAUUGCUAGCAAGGAAUGCCGAGGAGCUCUCGGGUCUGUCUUUCAAAUCACUUGUGCAAUCGGUAUAUUGGUGAUCUACGGGAUUGGUCCCUUCAUGUCUUACCAUUAUCUGAACUAUGUGAUCCUAACGAUAACCGUCCUUAUAGCUAUUCCAAUAUGGUUCAUACCGGAGACUCCGUAUUUUCUUUAUUCUAAAGGGCGAGUCGAAGAAACAAUUAAAGUACUAACAUACCUUCGAGGUUCAGAAGCACUAGCUCACGAAGAGCUCAAAGAAUACUCGCGAAGACCAAAAAUGUCCAAACGAGAGAUCUUUCAAGACAAAACGACUCUCAAAACUUUGGGAAAAGUAUUAUUUUUGGGUUCUUUCAUGGAACUGAUCGGUUUCAAUGCUGUAAUGUUUUACAUGCAGACUGUAUUACAAUCAACGCAGACAUCUGUGAAAGAAGAAAUAGCUUCUGUUGUAAAUGGGUUCAUACAAUUGAUUGCUUGUUGCUCCACCAUUUUGCUGACCGAUAAGUUUGGAAGAAAACCUUUGUUGGUGACCACUUUAAUUGGAAUCGCUGUUGGGAUGUUUGGCUUGGGUGUAUUCUUCAAACUUCAAGAGGAUGAAUAUCAAAUCUGUGGAUUUUUAAACUUUUUGCCGCUCCUGUCCAUGAUGCUGGUUAUUUUCUGCUUUAGUGCAGGAAUCGGAUCUCUCUUCUGGACCCUCGUGGCGGAAUUAUUCGACGGCCCAGCCCGAGCUAUCGGCAUGUCAUCAAGCAUAUCCAUUGCAUUUCUAUUUGUGUUCCUAACUACUAAAUACUUCGUUAAUAUCACUAACCUCAUUGGUACCCCUAUAACCUAUUGGGUGUUCAGUGUUAAUUGCCUAAUAACAUGUGUUUUUAUUAUAUUCUUUAUUCCUGAAACUAAAGGGAAAAGUUUUGCGGAAAUUCAAAGGGAAUUGGAGAAAUAGGUUUUGUGUGCUUUAGAAUGAGGUUGAUAAUAGUUUAACUGUAGUGGUAGUUUAAGAUAAAUAAAUCAUUUAUUCAGAUGUACAUGUAAGAGUAAAUUCUAUUUAAUUGUGGUGAUAUAAACUUGUUUUAGUGGUUUGAUCCCGAAGCAAGCAAGCACGCAAGUGAAUUUCUGUUCUAAGAUACUGUAAAUUAGAGCUAGCAUUGUGAUCGUCAUCAAAUCUUCCCUGUAAUAUUGAUAGAGGGGUUAUAUUAUUAUGCGGAGGUAUUUAAUCAUUUGUUUGUUGUGUGAUUGUGUUAGCGAGACCGCUUACUACAAUUAGUUGAGAACCGUGUCUUAACUGCGUAAUUAAAUACAUCUUACUGCUUAUAA